AUGCCAGACACCCAGCCAGUACCAGGCAGCCUUGCGCUGAUCCUGGUGGGCUUGGAUCGCUGGCGCUUUAUCACACACAGCACCGACGACGGUGCCAUCAGCCACACGGCAGAGAGCGGCGAGGGCACGGUGGUGCACUGCGGCGUGCUGCCGGCCGAGCAGAUGGCAGGCUUCCGGGCGGCCCUGAGCGGCGCCCUGGCCAAGGCGGCGCAGCGCAAGGGCGACGAACGCUCUGCGGCUGGGGGCGGGCAGGGCCACCAGAAGACGCCGGCGAUGGUGCGCGCCCUGGUGCUGCAAGCGCUGGACCAGCUGGAGGCAGAUGAAGAGGACGAGGUGCCGGAGCGGCAGCCGCAGGGCGGUUUCACCGACGUCGGGUUGCACACAGGCGGCGCGCCGCGAGACACCGCAUGGCCGCUGGUCCGCGAGGCCAUCAGGGCAACACUGGGCCACGUCAGCACCUGCCGCAGCCCCUCCCCCGACCUCUUCCAGCUGGCAGAGGCCCACCUGCAUCUGUGGCUGCUGCAGCGUCAGGUGCCGCUGGUGGUGAAUGGCUCAGCCACCUCGACGGCGCUGAAUGCUGCCAUGCAGAUGACGGCGGCUGUGGCCAGCGUGGGCGGCGAGCUGGCCGAGCAGGCGCACGACGUGGCACACUUUGAGGCAGCCUGCAGAGCGGCCCGGCUGGCGCUGGAGGGCGCCAGAGCAGCGCGGGUGCAGGCGGCCGCCAGCGAUGCGCAGCUGCCAGCCCUGGCUGGGCCAGACUCGCCCUGCGGCCCCGGCAGCUACCGCCUCCCGCGCGGCGUUUUGCCGCCGCUCGCCGGCCCUCAGGCUGAGGGAGGCGGCCUCGAGGAGGCCAUUGAGCGGGAGGGCCGCAACCUGGGCUCGCUGCUGCUGCCGCCAGAGCGCCCGCCAGGCCAGCUGCCGUUUGCCGACCUGCUGGCAGCACUGUCCGCCGCCCGGCAGCACCAGGGCAGCGUGGUGGCACAGCACGCGCUGUGCAUGGUGGAAAGAGAGAUGUUCCAGUGCGCCGUGCAAGGCUUUGGCGCGAAGGCGCGCCUGCCAGAAACAGAGGUGGAUUCCCUGGUGGAAGUGGUGAAUGCCUACCUGCUGGCGCUGCACACGUUCCAAGGCGGGGGGGCCAGCGAGCCCCGCAUGCAGGCAGACCUGCGGAGCCGCGGCGUGCUGGUGGUGUGGGUGGCGCUGUGCAUGGUGCACGCCGCCGCGGCCCACGCCCACCCGCUGCUGCAGCAGUACGGGGUGGGCGUCAACUGGGCCGACCUGCGCCACCUGGCGCUCAGCGACAGGACAGCUGUGGACGCCAUGCUGGCGACGGCGCGGUACCUGCGGGAACACAGCCGCGGAAGGGGCGUGUUCACGCUGCGCGAUGGCGGGCAGGCCACGUUUGAGAUGGCAACGCGGUACGGCCAGCAGGACGGCCGCCUGCAGCAGCUGUGGCGGGCAGAGGUGGUGGCAGCAGAGCAGCGCCAGGCGGGGCAUUGGGACGAGGUGCGGCGCAAGCAGGCGCUGGCGGCGGACCUGCGGGAGACGCUGGCCAGGCAGAAGGAGGCGGCGGAAGCAGCCAGGCGGCGAGUGCGUGCAGCACAUGACUACUUAUCUAUUUACUAUGGCGAUGACAGGGAGGAGCUGCGGGCGGCUCAGGUCCAACUGGUCCACGCCGAGCAGCUGUGUGAUUCCACACAGAAGGAACUCACAGCAGCGCUGCAGCCUCCGCCGCCCGUCAUCCAGCCGCUGCCCAAGGGCGCCGCCACCGCGGCCGCCUGGCUCUUCUUCCUUUACAUGCCGCCCCUCCUCAGGCACCUGGCCCGCACCACCUUCCUGGCGCAGAUGCGGCUGCUGCCACAGACCGCUGAUGCGCUGGAAUUGGUGCGUGUCGAGGAACCCAAGACCAGGCUGGCCUCUCACUACAACAACCACCAGGCCUCACCUUACCUUGCGGAGUCCACCGACCGAACCGGCAGCGAUGGCGUCCCAGCCCUCGUUCGCUUUGUGUCAAAUAGGGAGGUACCUCGCCCCGACACGGGCAUCUGGCACCCCGACACCCUGCCACUGCGCAUGGGCUGGCAGGGCAGUGGCAGCGCGGCUGAUGGCGCUCUGGGCAGCUGCGGCUGGCUUGACCCCUGGGCUGCCGUACCACAGGCGCUGGUGGUGCAGGCAUUCACCGAGAAGCUGCCGGCAGCCGCGGCGGCGCUGCAGUGGGCGAUGCCGCUGUACGGCGGGUGCGCCGCCACAGCCUCCAGCCGCGGCAACCUGGCGAUCGCGCAGCAGGACCAGCGCCCGCAGGACCAGCUCUCCAAGCCGGGCUACCUUGCGCUGUGCACGCUGCGGGCCUACCCUCUCACCCAGUACCGCCAGCUGUGUGCCGCGCUGCGCCAGCGCAUCCUGCCGCUCGACCAUCCCGCUGUGCAGACGCUGGUGAGGCAGGCGCUCUACCACUGCGGCCAGCUGACUGACAGCACUGCAGCUCCCACGCUGCUGUGGCGCACCGAGUGGGAGGUGCCAGGUGGCGUGCUCGACACGCUGGCUGCUGAGCUGGCCAGCCUGGCGGAUGAGCUGAGCGACUCGCCACGUCAGCACGGCGCCGUGCUGCUGCUGGGAGAGAUGGCGGCCUACCUGUCCGCCUGGCACACGCCGUUGCGGGCAGUGGCGAGGCGCUUUGCGGCUGCGGCUGCGCGGUGGGCCGAGGACCUGGAGGCUGAGGCGCAGGAGGCGCCACCCGACGAGGCACGCCCCGUGCGGGCCAAGCAGUGCCUGCUGCGCAUGACGGCCCUGCUGUGCCACGCCAGCGGCCAGCUCAGCACGGCAGACGUGCAGCAGCUGCUGAGCCUGGCGGUGCUCGCCCACCACGGCAGCAUCUACGGCAAGGGCAAAGACCUGGAGGCGCACCUGGAGCGGCUGCAGGUGCUGUGCCACUGGACUCUGGCGCGGCGCCUCGAUGAAGUGCUGACCACGGUGGCGCGCAAGCCGGCCGUGCUGACGGCCGCGCUGCGCCGCGUGCUGCAGUUUGCGCCCGCCGACCUCUACUGGAGGAGCAUGUUGUUCGAGGGCCCUCCCGCGCUGCCCGCUGCCAGCUUCCGCGCCGAGCACGGCGGCCACCUCUACUCCAUCAACUGCCUGGACGGUACCGUGCUGCUGGACGGCGGCGAGCUUGUGGUGGUGGAGGUGGAGGCAGCAGGAGGGCGCCGCAUGCAGCUGCUGGACCCAGGGGACGGCGAGGGCGGCGGCAGCUGGGGCGCCGAGCUGCCAGUGCGCCUGCGCGAGCUGCACAGCCACUGGCUCUGCAGGGAGGAGCGUGCGAUUGUGCUCCGGGCCCACCACUUCCGUGACCAUCAGGCAGCCUUCAUCCUGCAGUGGCAGGAGGAGACGCGCUGCCGCCCACUUGUCCGGCAGCGCAGCCGCAGCCGCAGCCGCAGCCGCAAAAGGAGGCCGAGCGCCCCUGCCGCUGCUGCGGCAGUCGAAUUUGUGGUUCGCCGCGUGCCGACGCACCUCAGCGAGAGACAUGCCUGGCCGGAGCUGCUGACUCAGCACGACUGCCACCUCACCGAUCAGCUGGUGCUGCACGACUCCCCAGUGACGCAAGUGCUCUCCAAAUUCGAGCGCCUCAAGUUCAUCCACACCUACAUCCCCGCCGGCACCAGCGCCAGCGACGGCAGCAGUACCAGCGGCAAGGCCAGCACAGAUAGCGGCGGCGGCGGCAGCGGCGAACCCAAGGGUGCCUCCCCGCCUCCCUGGCAGAUGCGGUUUAACCUGCCGCGAUCCGGCCUGGAGUUUGAGCUGCGAGGCGGCCAGCUGCUGUCCCGGGAUUAUGCCGACUAUGAGCUGGCUCCCUGCCAGCAGCUCUGGAAGGAUGCUGGCACCAGUGGUGGCGAUGGCCGGCAGGCUGUGUUUUCCCUUCCCGAUUUCAGGCAGUACCUAGUACUGCAGUCCUGCCAGCAUGGCAGCUCCAACACAGUGGCGGCAGUCCAGCCAACGCUGGUGGUGGUGCCAGUGGGCAGUGUGCAGCGGCAGGCGGAGCAAGUGACUCUGAUGCACAGCGAUGCCAGCGGCGACACGAUCCAGGCGAGUGCCGCAUUGCUGGCAGUGCAUCGUUACGACAUCCACCCCCGCUUUGGCCACCUGCGUGCCCGCUCCAUCCCCGCCCGGCUCCAGCUGGCUGCUCUGUACGCAGCUACCGGCUCGCUGCUGCCAGACCCUGUCAGCCGCAUGACCGGCGCCCAGCAGGCCAUGGCACUGCUGCGACAGUGCUGGACCACGCAGCCGCUGAGCGAAGGCGAGCUGCAGCAGCUCCGCAGCGCAGCAUGCCUAGGAGGGCACAUGGCUGCCGGCCUGCGGCUGCUUGCCCAUGAGCUACAGUGCAGCGCCAGCCAGCUCAACAGCUUGCAUUACCCGCCCCCAGAGGCACUGCCAGACCACUGCCAGCCCCCAACACUUGACCCCGAGUGGGCUGCAGCUUACGAGCAGGAGCGGCGCCGCCACGGCAGCCACAACCCCCGCCUGCUGCUGACCUCAGAGGAGGAGCAGCGCGCGACGGGGCAGGCAAGCGCGGCCGUGGGGCCGCCGCUGUGGCGGCGGCGGCGGCUGUAUCAGCCCAUUGAGGUGCCGGCCUGUCCCGUGGCAGCAGACAUAGUGCGGGACGUGGAAGCAGCCCUGCAGCAGCUCGUGGUGGUGCCAAAGCGGGUGGCGGUCGCCCCUGAGUAUCCACUACGCGCCGCUGGGGGCAAAGGUGGAGCACAGGGCACCCCUCUGGCGGGCCAGAUGCAUGCUGAGCUGCAAGAGAGCUGGGAGGAGCACCACAAGCACCCGGAGCCGGUGGCGGUGACGGCAGGCUGCCGGCAGCACAUCCUGCAGGCCAGGGCCAGGGUGGAAAGUCUGCGCAUGCAAGCCGAGGCCUACCUUCACACCCACCUGGCAGCCGUGCCGGACACAGUGGGCGUGCCGUGCGCUGGCUUCCGCAUGCGGCAGGCCAGCGGCUGCGCUGCGCAGCACGGCCCGCUGGACCUGCUGUCUCUGGCGCUGCGCACGGGGUGCCAGCUGGCGCUGCAGCUCAACCCAUUCCUGUCCGACACCUCGGCGGCCCGCCUGCGGAAGGGGUCCCACGUGUGGCUGCAGCUGUGUGUGCUGGAGGACCGCUUGGGGCGGCUGGAGCGGCUGGCUGCAGACCCAGCGGCCACACCCCAUCUCAUCCAGGAGCUGCUGGUGCACCGCCAGUGGAGCGUGAAGAAGCACCCCGAGUGGCUCGUGUUUGAGGCGGAGCAGCAGCUGCAGAUCCGUCCCGCCCAGUACUGGGUGGCGCUCCACCUGAUGAACAACCGCGGACACAUCUUGCAGCUCAACAUGGGCGAGGGGAAGACGCGUGUCAUCCUGCCCAUGCUCAUCCUGCACUGGGCCGACGGAGACAGCCUGGUGCGGCUCAACCUACUUCGACAGCUGCUGGAUGAGGCGUACGCUCACCUGCACGCCUGCCUGUGCGCCAGCGUCCUGGGGCGCAAGCUCUUUGUGCAGCCCUUCCACCGCGACGUCCAGCUCACGGCCGCCAGCCUGGCAGCCAUGCGCUCUUCGCUGGCCUACUGCCAGCAGGCGGGCGGCGUGCUGCUGACCACUCCCGAGCGCCGCCUGUCGCUGCUGCUCAAGUGGCAGGAGCUGUGGCAGAAGGGGCAGCUGGAGCUGUGCCGCGGCCUGGACGAGCUUGCAGCAAUGCCUUACGUGGAUCUCCUGGAUGAGAGCGACGAGCUGCUACGCCACAUCUACCAGCUCAUCUACGCAGUUGGCGCCCACACUGAGCUGCCUUCCCAGCAGGCCCGCGCCCGCGCCUGCCAGGCGCUGCUGCAUGUCCUGUCUCGGGAGGCGCACGGCAGCGGGCCCAUCGGCAACCUGCUGGCUCGGCAGGGCGUGGCCGUGCCCAGUGGGCCAGGCGGCAAGCCGGGAGCCUACCGCGGCGUGCGCCUGCUGCCGGGCGAAGCACUGGAGAGGGCCGCCCCGGAGCUGCGCCAGCUGCUGGCGGAGGCGGUGCUGGCCCAGCCGCCGCAUGCGAUGCGCUGGAUGGCAGGCCACCCCCAGCAGGAGCUGCUGCUGUGCUGCAUCACCGACACAGCGCUGGACGCCAGCGCCGCCUUGGACGCCUUGCCGGGGGGCCUGAGCGAGGGAGAGCGCGCCGACGUGCUGGCGCUGCGCGGCCUGCUGGCCUGCGGGGUGCUGCAGCACUGCCUGCAGAUGAGGCACCUGGUGGACUAUGGCGUCAAUGAUAACGUCGGCGCCCGCAAGCGCCUGGCGGUACCGUACCGCGCCGCCCACCUGCCCUCCGAGCGCUCUGAGUACGCCCAGCCCGACUCCGCCCUCACCCUCACCACCCUGGCCUACUACCAGCGCGGCCUGUCCCGCAAGGAGCUACUGGACGCCCUGCUCAAGCUGCUAGGCCUGGGCCAGAAUGCGCAGCAGGCGCACUUUGCAGAGUGGCUGGCGCUGGCGGCCCCGGACGUCGCCGCAGGCAGGGCCAGCCAAGCGCAGUGGGCCAGGGAGCCGAUGCCGCUGGCCUCCUGUCAGGAGCUGGCGACCGUGGACCAGGCCAGCAAGCUGGACACCACCAACGCCUCGCAGGUGGACCUGCUGCACAGGCUGUUCAGCCACAACAUGGCGGCAGUCGACUUCUGGCUCAAUGUCUGCGUGUUCCCGGAAGAGACGCGCCAGUUCCCUCACCGCCUGGUGGCCACCUCUUGGAACCUGGCAGACAACCCCCACCACUGCCACGCCAUCCCCCGCGCAUUCCAUCCCGCUGUCGCUGCUGCCCCACCCGCCACGGCCGCCGCAGGCACCAACGACAACCACCGCCUGCUGCCGCUGCAAGUGCGGCAGCACCUGGACGUGGAGCCCCGCCUGAGGGCCACCAACGGCAAGAUGCUGGCGGUGCUGCUGGCCAACCCGCGGUACCACACAAUUGCAACGCAGCAGGGCCAGGCGGUGUGGGAGGCGCUGCUGCAGCUUGCGGUGCGGGAGGGGAUGGAUGCUCUCGUGGACUGUGGCGCGCUCCUGGCCGGCACCAGCAACAGGGCUGCCGCCGACUACCUGCUGCAGCUGCUGGACCGCCGCCGCUUCUCCGGGGUGUGCUACUUCGAUGAGGCGGAGCGGGAGUGGGUGGUGGCCGACCCCCAGGGCCGCCGCCAGCCCCGGGCCAGCUCCCCCAUCCGCGAGGCCCAGUGCCUGACGCUGUUUGACGAGGCGAGGUGCCGGGGCGCAGACCUGCAGCUGCGCCACGGCGCCGUGGGCCUGCUCACCCUGGGCCCAGCUACCACCAAGGACAAGCUCAUGCAGUCGGCUGGCCGGCUGCGCAAGCUGGGCAAGGGCCAGACGCUGCAGACGGUCGGCACUGCCGACGUCACAGCCAAGAUAGCGCGGGUGGCUGGGAUGGCGGACGAUGCCGCCAUCACCUCCCUCCACGUGCUGCAAUGGGCUAUGGCCAACACGGUGGCGGCAACCCAGCGCGGCGUGCUGGAGUGGGCGCACCAGGGUCUGCUGUUUGCCGCCACCCGCGGAGCCCCAGAACACGCCCUGCAGCCAGAGGUGCUGGAGCUGGCAGCCAUGUACGGCGGCGCGCGCGACUGGUGCGCCGUGCCAGAGGUGGUGGCGGAGCAGUGCGGGCGGCGGCAGAAGGGGCGGCGGCCAGGCCUGGCGGCAGACAUGCGGAAGCUGAUGCAGCUGGUGGUGGAAGCCAGCAGGCAGCACGGCGAGGGGCACGAGGUGGUGGCGCAAGGUCAGCUUGGCGAGGAGUGUGAGAGGGAGCUGGAGAGGGAGGAAGAGGAGGAGGAGGAGGUGGAGCGACAGAUUCCACGAAUCGCGGCUAUGAACGAGACAGACUGGGACUAUGGCAGGGCCCUGGGCGCCACCUCCCUGGCUAGCCUGAAGCAUGCCGCUGGGCUGCGCUUGCUGUCGCUGGGACAGCUGGCAGCGCACGUGCAGCCGGCGGCUGUGGGCUGCGUGCCCUGGAGCCAGCACGUCUUCUGCACCCUCAACUUUGCCAUCGCGGUGCAGCAGCCCGAGGGCGAGGCGCUCAACGAGUACCUGCGCCCCGGCAGGCGCGCCACUGGCAGCCGCAGCGGCCAGAUCAGCGAGGCUGGCAGGUCCGUGCUGCUGCUGUCAGAGCGGGAGGCCAAUGGGCUGCUGGAGGCGAUGUGGGCUGGCAGCGGUGGAGGCGGCAGCCAGCCAGCAGGCAAGGCAGCUCCGCUGCUGGUCAGCCUGUGCCAUGCAUGUGCAGCGCCGCCGUUGCGGCUGGCUGCUGCGGCUGCGGGCGGCGGUGCGUGGCAGGCGGUGGGGCAGAUGGCGGCGGAGCUAGGUGCAGGCGCCUUCCUGCCGCAGCUGGUCAGCCUGCAGCUGUGGGAUGGCGAGGCGACGUACGCGCCAGAGGAGCCCAAGCAGGGGCAGCAGGCGCCGCGCCAGCUGGCGCUGUUGCGACAGCUCGUGGCGGGGCGCGGCGCUGCGGCCGAGGCGCUGGUGGCGAUGCGCGGCAAGCAGGUGCUCUUCUCCCGCAGCCAGCUGGAGCUGGCGUGCGAUGCCGACCGAGGCAGCGCCUGA